AUGGGUUGUGAAUUCUGGGAAAUCAUCAGCGACGAACACGGCAUCGACCCGACCGGGGCUUACCACGGAGACUCGGAGCUGCAGCUGGAGCGGAUUUCAGUCUACUACAAUGAAGCCAGUGGCGGGAAGUACGUGCCUCGAGCCAUUCUCGUGGAUCUUGAGCCCGGGACCAUGGACAGCGUCACAGAGCAGAGAACGCCUCUGCCGACUCACAACCGCCACCAACACCGAGUGGGUCCGUGGGCGGUGAAGGAAGUGUCUGCGCCGUCGUCCCUGCGACGCCUUUUAUGGCCUGGAGCUAUAAAGGCGCCGUUCCGCGGCGACGCCCACGCCCGAGUCUCGCCAGCUGCUGGCGAGGGCCAGGAGUGGGACGAGAACACCUUGUGGAACACGGAAGACUCUAUAGGGUGA